AGAUAACAUUUAAAAUAUGGAAGCAUUUGUUUUGCGCGUGAACAAGGAAAAUCGUUGGUGCGUCCCACUGAAAAUGGAUGAUACUUCACUUUGGUCGCUAUAAAUAUUCCAAAACGACAUCACUUCUCCAUCCCCAAACCAAAAUAAGCGGAUAAUGUUUUCAUAUCCCAUCAGAAAUAACGAAAGUACUUGAUCUCUCUCUCUCUCUCUCUCUCUCUCUCACACAUACACAAAGAUGGGCCCCAGUCUUUUGGAUGCACUCAACGUCAGAGUCGUCGGCUCCGGCAAGAAAUUUCUCCUUCUGGCGCACGGAUUAGGCACCGACCAGUCCGUUUGGAGUCGCAUUCUUCCCUACUUCCGAUCUCACUACAAAGUCAUCCUAUACGAUCUCGUCUGCGCCGGCAGCGUCAACCCUGACUACUUCGAUUUCCGACGCUACAACUCUCUUGACGCCUACGUCGAUGACCUCCUCCAAAUCCUUGAUUCGCUCGGCGUCGAUCGGUGUUUUUACGUCGGUCACUCGCUUUCGUCAAUGAUCGGAAUCCUUGCCGCCAUUCGUCGUCCUGAGCUCUUCUCCAAGCUCAUCCUUAUCGGUGCUUCUCCAAGGUUCUUAAACGAUAAAGAUUACCACGGCGGAUUCGAAGAAGGCGAGAUCGAGAAGGUCUUCCUAGCAAUGGAGGCAAAUUACGAGGCCUGGGUGAACGGAUUCGCUCCACUAGCCGUCGGCGCCGACGUACCGGCAGCCGUACGCGAAUUCAGCCGGACGUUAUUCAACGUUCGGCCAGACAUUUCACUCUUCGUCUCUCGAACAGUUUUCAACAGCGAUUUGAGAGGAGUACUAGGGUUAGUGAAGGUGCCGUGCUGCAUAAUCCAAACGGCAAAAGACGUGUCAGUGCCGACAUCGGUGGCGAUGUAUCUAAAGGAACACCUUGGAGGGCGGAACACGGUGGAGAUGAUGAACGUGGAAGGCCAUUUGCCACAUCUGAGCGCUCCGGCCUUGUUGGCCCAUCAUCUGAACAGAGCCCUUUCUAGAUGAUAAGUUUGCAAUUUUUCUUUGUGGGCCUUAAUGAGCCUAACUAAAUGACUAUCUCUAUAGUCUAUAGUUUUAUCCACUUUUAAGAAUAUUGGCCACAGGUGGUGACACCUGGCGAAUACAGUGGACAAAUGGGAGAAGGAUAAUCUUCAUUUGAUGAGGCGUUUUUACUUUUUAUUUGUCCUUGGUGUCGUACGAAAAGUCGAAUAUCUGAUUUUAAGUUGAAGUUUUUGGACGUUUAUUUUGGUUUUACAAUAAUAAAUAGCAUUGACUAA